UAUAGGCCAGGGAUUGCGGAUACCCAUGGGAGCAUGGAAACGAAUACAGCUGCAGCCGAAGGAUAGCCUCUUCGUGAAGGAGCUGGUAGUGGCGAUCUGGGACCCAGCAGACUUGAAGGGUCGUUCCCUCCAAGGCAAGCACUGUCCGAGGUUCCCGGAUCGCCCCCUAAAGGAACCUUUGACACCUUGGAAGGUGGCGGUGAUGCGUGAAUGCUACAAGGAGAGGCUGCUGCGGCUUGGUCUGCCUGCUGACCUACUGCAAAACAGCCUAAAAAGGAUGAACCAUUUUGUAGUCGAAAAGCUGGCCGAUGUUGAGAAACAGGCCAAGAGGUGCAUCAAUUCAUUCACUUUAUCACUAUUUUGUGCAUGUUUGUAGCAUUUACCCUGCUUUCAUCUGUAUGGCCAAACUGUAUGGAAGUUCAAGAUAGUUGGCCUUGCUUAAAUAAGGCACAUCAGUGCAUAGUAGACAAGGGACAACAGCAAAAAUGAGACAAGUCUCAUUUUUGCUGUCUCUGAAUGUGCCGUUAUUUACCUAUAUUCAUACCCAACUAUUCUGAUAUUUUUUGUUAACAUACAGAUUAUGCGCCUCGCAUGUAAUUGCUUUGCAGUUUGUAUUGAGUUGCACCUCAAUAAAGGUGACUGGUCAUGCAUGCUUCUAAAUGUAUGCAUUCCUUGUGAAUGCCAUGCUUAGCUCUGUUUGCAUUGCCAGCAGAACUAAGCAAUGCAUUCACAAGCAAUGCAUACAUUUAGAAGCAUGCAUACUGGUUUUGGCAUGUUUUCUACUGUGAGAUUUUUACAUUCACAUGAUGCUUAAUCUCUUUUACAGGACUGAAAAGGCUGA